UAGUAGAACUCUUGGUUAAGCCUCGGUAUAAUGCUAUUUGUGUACUAUGCUUAUGAGCGACAGGAUAGCACGGUGAGCAUAUUUUGAUGUAUAUAUAUACCUUAGGUAGGUAGGUAUAUAUAUACAUUCAUCUCCCUAUGAUAAUCUAUGAUCAUCGAUUAGUCUACAUAGAUAUUGUUCUCGUCGUGCAUUCCAACGAUGUUAAGGCAAAUCUUUACAGUCUUGCUGGUAGCCCUCCAGGGUAUUCCAGCUACUUGCGAGAUUGACAGGCGUAAAGUAGUUCAAUCGUUUAAUCCUCGUCGCAAUGCUAGCUCUAGUAUCACUCCGUUGCAAGUUGGAAACGGCAACUUCGCGUUUGGAGCAGACGUCACCGGUCUUCAGACCUUCAACCCCUUCGCCACGAUGUCUACUUGGGGUUGGCAUAAUUUCAGUCUUCCAACUACCAGCGGCCAAACCUCGAUAGAUGACUUCACGGGCAUGGACUGGUAUACCCACGGUCAACUAAUCAAUUAUAACCAGCCCAACCCAGCACAAAGCGAAAUAUCUAACUGGUUAAUCCAAAACCCCCAACGUAUUAACUUGGGGAUAAUUGGGUUCUGGUUCGAUCGAGAUGAUGUUACUGAGGAACUACUGGAAGACAAGUCUCAGAUACUUGACCUUUGGACGGGCAAAAUCUCAUCUUCUUUCACCUACAAGAAGACUCCCGUCAGGGUUGAGACAUGGGCAGAUACGAAUUCAGACACGGUUAGUAUCUCCAUAGAGUCGGAACACUUCUCUACCGAGUCUCUAGGUCUAUUCUUUGAUUUUCCUUUCCCGAUACGGAACAGAUAUGAGGCCCCUUUUGUUGGUGUCUUUAAUGCUACCGACAAGCACACCACCACGCUACAGCGCGGACAAAAUGCGGCAAUUAUCCGGCAUGAUAUUGAUGACACUGCGUACUACGUCUCGAUUGCGUGGAGUCCCGCUGCUGAAAUAUCAGGACCGAUUGAGGGGACUCACCGUUACGUAUUACGGCCAACAAAGGAAACCAAGAGGAUCGAGGUAUCGGUGAGCUUUUCACCGGCCCUGAGUACGCAUACCCCGUCUUUCAGCGACGUUACGUCCGCAUCUAGAGCGUGGUGGGAAUCUUUCUGGAACUCUGGUGCUUUUGUUGAUUUAACCGGGGUCGAGUCUCCUAAUGCUACAGAGUUACAGCGGAGAACGAUACUAUCUCAAUAUCUUACGGCCGUCAACUCGGCUUCCUCAUAUCCACCACAGGAAUCUGGCCUGGUAAAUACUGGAUGGUAUGGUAAGUUUCAUCUUGAGAUGAUGCUAUGGCACCUACUCCCAUUCGCCCGCUGGAAUCAAUUUCCAUUAUUGUGGCGUAGCGUUCCAAAAACGUAUUCAGAAUACUUAGCAUCGUCGAUCGAGCGAGCGAAAUAUCAACACUACCAGGGUGCUCGCUGGGGUAAGAUGACCGACCCUACCGGACGAUCAGCCCCUGGAGAAAUCAACUCGCUGCUUAUCUGGCAGCAGCCUCACCCAAUGUACUUCGCCGAGAUCGAGUACAGGUCUUUCCCUAACGAGACGACACUCAAGUCCUGGGAUAAGAUCCUUACUUCUACCGCCGACUUCAUGGCGUCGUAUGCCUUCUUCAACGAGUCAACUGCCGUCUACGAUCUAGGACCGCCUAUGUAUCCGGUAUCAGAGAAUACUAAUCCCAACGCGACGAUCAACCCUACGUUCGAGCUGGCUUACUGGCGGUUCGGCUUGGAUGUAGCCAUCAGGUGGAAAGAGAGGCAGAACCAAACGGUUCCUCAGAAAUGGGUUGAUAUACGGAAUGGUCUACCACCGUUACCUACCGCGGACGGCGCAUUUGCCGUGUACGAAGGCAUCCCUAACAUGUGGAGCGGCACCACCGUCCAAGAUCACCCGGCAAUGUCGGGGAUCUUCGGUCUUCUUCCCCCGCCGACUAGCGGACCGCCGCUCAACAUGACGGUCGUCAAAAACACGGCAGAUAAGAUCCGAGACCUCUGGGACUUGAAAGACUGCUGGGGCUGGGACUUUCCGAUGCUCGCUAUGAACUCGCUGCGCCUCGGGGAUGUCGACCAAGCAGUGGCCUAUCUCCUCCACCCCCUUUUCAAAUUCGACGAUGCGGGAUAUCCUGUUGGAUCAUCGCGGGUGCCGACCCCCUAUUUCCCGGGAUCGAGUUCGUUCCUGUUGGCUAUGGCUAUGAUGGCGGGGGGGUGGGACGGUGAGCCUCGGGCACACUUUCCUGAGGGUUGGGAUGUUCAAGCUGAAGGUUUUGUGCCCGGACUAUGACUGUUAGCGAAAGAGGCGUGCACAACGAAGGUAGGUAGUUACACACCACGUACCUACACGUAUUAAAACAGGACUGCAUAUCUAUGCAAAUCUAUGCAUAGGACAUGUGACCGCGAAGCAGGCUCCAAGGCAGG